GACUGAAAGGUCUGCAGGUACAGAAACACUGUGUCUGUUAUUAACAGAUAAAAGAUAAUGUUUAAGGCACUGAUAGUGGGUGGCUUGUUAUUUUGUCUUAAAAUUUAAUGUUUCUUUCAUUUCAUCUCAUCUCUCCUUUUCCCUUUGUGUUUUGUUUCGUUUUUUUGUCUGUCUCUGUAGGUCAGCCAUGAAGUUCUGCAGUUCUGCUCUCCGUGUCCUGAUCUCACUGAUCACUACAUUCACUACUGUGUCUGAAUCAGCAGAUCCCUCAGUGAAAGUGAAGUUUAAUGAGACGGCCUCUCUGCCCUGCUAUGAGAGAUGCUCUGGUUUGGUCAGAUGGACUGAGUUCACUAAAUCCACUGAUGUUCUGGCUGAGUGUGAUCAGACUUCAUGUAGAUCGAAGGAGGGAUAUCAGAUGAUCCAUGAUCAGUACCUGAAGGGAGAUUUUUCCCUCAUCAUCACUGAAGCUGAUUUCACUAAGAGAGCUCGGUACACGUGUGACUGUGAUGAUAGAGAUCUCUGUGAUGUGAAGCUGCAGAUUGAGCCCUUGAACACCGCGGUUCAGAAAAAAUCCGGUGAAUCUCUGGUUCUGGAAUUGGACGUAUCAGAACCAGUAGAAGUGAUUUAUAGCAGCACAGGUGCAGCCGGACCAUCCAGUGGUCAGAUCUGUACAGUGAAUGGACGAUUCACACAGUGUAAACCUGAAUACACACAGAGAGCAUCACUCACAGCUGGACUUGAGCUCAGAGGAAUGACUCCAUCUGAUAGUGGAGUUUACACCAUCAUGGAUAAAAAGAAUGAAGAGGUCGUUCGUAUCUACUCUGUGACAAUUAAAGGUGAUGGUUCUGAAGCUCUGGAUCAGAUCCAUAAGCCCUCUCGGUUCCGUCGCAGCGCCCCUUCUGAUGACCAACCCUUUCUGUGCGGAGAUCAUGCAGCGGUGUGGAUGUAUCCAGUGCUGGUGCUGAUGGCGGCUGUGUGUGCGGUAUCAGCAGUAGUAAUUGUGCGGCAAAGGAAAGAAAUUCUGGAGCUGAAAGGAACC